CAGGAGUGGAAAGGGGAGGGCGAGAGGGAAGCCAUUGGAACAAGAGAGAGACCAAAGAGGCGGGAAAAGUGAAUUUCAAUUCUGUGAAAUCUCUUUGCGCGCAAAUUGAAUCCUACCCGGGAACGGAGAAGGUUUGAGGUACUUCACAACAUGUCAGUAAAUCCAAUGGUAUAUGAAGCCCAGUUUUUUGGCUUUACCCCUCAAACGUUUAUGUUGCGGAUAUAUUUUGCUUUUCAAGAUCAUCUUUCCCAUAUAAUGCUGGUAGUGGAGAAAGUUAUACUGAAUAAACUAGAGAAUAUCUGUCCUAAUCUUACUCCCUCUCUAAUCCGGAGGAGCACAGAAAAAUUCUUUGCUUUCAUGAAGGAACGCUUUGACAAUCUGUUCAGUAAAAUGGAAGAGCCACUUUUAAGCACCGUUUUGAGCAUCCCCAAGAACGUCUGUCUUCCAGAAGAUAAGCUCCAAGAGGAGUUUUGCUACACUGCAAAACAGUUUCAAGAGCUAGAGAAUGAGAUUAGCCAGCUGGAAAGAGAGCUCAAGGCUGAAACGUAUGCUGAGCAAGCUCUACAAGCAGAACUGGAAGAGCAAAAGAUUGUCCAGGGACAUCUUGAAGGGAUUCUACAAUGGUUUGAUAGUCUUGGCAAUAUAGGUAGAAAUGAGGGGACUGGAAACCUUAAGGAAAGCUUUGCUGCCUUGACAAAAACAGCAGCCAAACUGCAGAAUAUUGUGCAGGAGGUGGAGGAGAAAAUGAACAGACUGGAGAAAUAA